AUGAAAGUUCCCAUCCAGACCAAUCAAAGUCCCAGAAGUGAUCUCUUUGAACUUCAACAGAAGUCAGCCGAACUAGAUAGCAGCCUGAAAUGGAGGCCAAACUAUAUAAGUUUUGAGGGAAACCAGUGCAACAAAGUUGGCUGUAAUCCUUGCCGUUCUCAACUACCAAAACCAAUCUUCAUGACAAAUAGUAGUUCUGUAUUAUCAAGGGUUGCAGCCUCAAGUAAAACACGCAUUAGAUGGACUCAGGAUCUUCACAAUCCAUAUGUAGAAUGUGUAAAUCGUCUUGGUGGUGCAGACAGACUUAGGAGGAACUCACAUUUGCCAUAUUCAAAUGUGAUGAGAGGUUCACUUUUUUCCAACGUCACCUUCUUCUUCUUCUCUCUCCCCAGUAUCACCACCAACAAUGUAGAGGCAGAAGCACCAUUUGGCUCAAGAGAUGAUGGUGAAGUUGCAGAUUUGUUUGGCAAUGGUGAUGAAGAUAUGGUGGUGAUGUUGCAGAGCGAAGAGGAGAGCUACACCGAAGAAGACUGUAACAUAAGGUUGGACAAACCUUUAGUUGCAGGGCAAAACAGUAAUCCAAUCACGUCGAGGUCAAAAGAAUUUGCCUUCGGAUUUCAUCCUCUUGAAAGUGAGAAAGAAAAUCAAUUCUUGCUUGCAGUUUGGUUUUACAAAACAAAAGAACCAACCAUAGUUUGGUCUGCAAAUGGGAAUAAACCAGCACCAGAAAACUCUGAACUUAGGCUGUCUAGCAACAAUGAGUUUGUUCUCUAUGACCAUGAAGACAAUGAGUUAUGGAAGGCUCCAACUCCAAGGAAUUCCAAAUCCAGUUGUGCGGCUAUAGGGGACAAUGGGAACUUGGUGAUUCUAGACCAGAAUAAUAAUUCGGUAUGGGAGAGCUUCAAAGAGCCUACUGAUACAAUUUUGCCUGGCCAAAUACUGUACAUGAAUACCACACUCAGGUCUCGAGAAUCUGAGACAAAUUAUUCAAAAGGGCGCUUCCAGCUUUCUUUUCAGAUUGAUGGCAAUUUCGUGCUUUACUCUCUUUCUAUGCCAUCUGAAGCCCUUGAGAAGGCUUAUUUUGCCACCGGCACAACGAACUGGGAAUCACAGUUGAACUUUACUGAGGAUGGAUACAUGUACAUCCAAGAUGCAAAUUUUACAAACAGAGUGUACAACCUUACCAAGGAAAGUCCUGCAGGCUCAAAAGAAGAUUUCUACUAUUUGGCUAGGAUUGAUUAUGAUGGUGGCUUCAGAUUAUACAAACACCCCAGAAAGGUGAGCACCCCAAGUGAGAGCUGUUCUUCAUCAUGGACUGUAGUGCAAAGCAUUCCCAGUGAUAUUUGUGCUACAUUUACUGGUGAUGCUGCUGCUGUUGGAGGUGGGUUUUGUGGACCGAACGGAUAUUGCCGUACCGCAGGUGAUUCAAGUGGGAGUGGGCCAGCAUUUUGCUUUUGUCCUCCGGGAUUUUCUCCCUUGGACCAAUCCAAUAAUUUUGCAGGCUGCAAACCAGAUUUUUUAUUGCCUAGCUGCCAAAUUGGAUGGGAAAAGCAAAAAGAAAAUAUGGAGUUUAAACUGUUUCAAAAUGUGAAUUGGCCGUUCACAGAUUACGGUCGUGUUACCGUGGCUAAUGAAGCAGAGUGUAGACAGCUAUGCCUUGACGAUUGCUUGUGUAUUGUGGUCAUUUAUGAAGGUAACGGUAAUCAAUGUUGGAAGAAGAAGUAUCCUCUGUCCAAUGGAAUGUAUAUAGAAAGUAAUACUAGCAAAGUUCUCAUCAAGACACCUAAAAAUAUAGAUUCAGAUAAGAAACACCAGUCUAUGGUAGUUGUCUUGGCACUACUCCUUGGCAGCUCUGCAUUUCUUAAUAUCCUUUUCUUCUUAGGUAGUAUUGUGGCUAUUCUCUACUUGUACCACAAAAGGCUCAAUUCGCAAUGGAAUAUUGAUAGAACACUUACAACAAAUGUGAGAAGCUAUACAUAUAAAGAGCUCGAAGAAGUAACCAGGGGCUUCAGGCAAACAGUGGGAAAAGGAGCUUUCGGAACUGUUUAUAAAGGAGUCCUUCCAUCAGAUUCUAAAAGAUUUGUUGCAGUCAAGAAGUUAGGUAAGGUGGUAGAAGAAGGUGAGAAGGAAUUCAAAACGGAAGUGAGCGUGAUCGGUCAAACUCAUCACAAGAAUUUAGUCCGUUUGCUCGGCUAUUGUGAUGAGGGGCAGCAUCGGCUUCUGGUAUAUGAGUACAUGAGUAAUGGCUCUUUAGCUAGCUUUCUCUUUGGGAUAUCCAGGCCUCAUUGGAACCAAAGAGUGCAAAUUGCUUUUGGAAUAGCACGAGGCCUAAUGUACUUACAUGAAGAGUGCAGCACCCAAAUCAUCCACUGCGAUAUAAAACCUCAAAACAUACUCCUAGAUGAGUACUUUACGCCAAGGAUUGCUGAUUUUGGAUUAGCAAAGCUUUUGUUGGCAGAUCAAAGUCGAGCAGCUCGUACAGCAAUAAGAGGGACAAUUGGAUACUUUGCACCUGAAUGGUUUAGGAAAGCAUCCAUUUCGGUUAAGGUUGAUGUGUACAGUUUUGGUGUGAUGUUACUAGAGAUCAUUUGCUGCAAGUCUAGUGUAGCAUUUGCACUAGGAGAAGAGGAGGCAUUGAUAGAUUGGGCUUAUGAAUGCUACAAAGAUAAAAAAUUAGAUAAGUUGAUAGAAGAUGAUGAGGAGGCAAAGAAUGACAUGAAGAGGCUAGAAAGGUUUGUGAUUGUGGCGAUUUGGUGUAUUCAAGAAGAUCCUUCACUGAGGCCCUCGAUGAAAAAGAUCACACAAAUGCUCGAGGGAGUGAUUGAAGUUUCUGUGCCCCCAAGCCCUUCAUUGUUUACUUCUUCUCCCCCUUCAUUCAAAAAAUAGGUCAUCUUGAGUUUUGAUUGCCCCAUAGUUAACCAUUUGUGGUAUAUGACAAUGGCUGACUUUGUACAUCUAUUUUCGUCUAAUUUUCUAACUUUUAGGUUUAGGCUAGGGUUGUUAUUUCCUUAGGUUGGAAUAAAGUUUUUGUCAUUCAUAAUAUUUUAGAGAGUCCUCUCCUAUAUUUUUUAGUAGAUUCCCAAAUUCUCUUUGUGAAUUCAAGGAUUUUUAUGUUGAAGCAGAUAUGUUCUGCAUGUUAAUUAUAGCUUUCUACCUGUGUCAACUGAAUAUAGCCAUCCUUUUUUAAGUUUUGGUGUAACACCUUUUCUUAUUUGUAUUAUGGUAUCAGAAUUUGGCCAAUAGUGGUUGGUUUCCUGUCUCUUGCAUUGCGGUUUGUUUUUUACUAUAAGGCUCUCUUGUCUCAUGCGUAUUAUCCUUUGGUGUAUUUCACCUUCUUAGUUG